AUGGCGGAGGAACUGUUACUGGAAAACGAUGCCAAGAUCAGCACGCACCUCACAAAGUCACUGCUGGCAGUGGCUUUCCUGGCCUCAUUUGGCGGCUCCAUGCUCUAUGGCUACAACUUGGCAGUGGUCAACUCUCCUGCACAGUACAUUAAAGACUUCUACAAUGAGACGUUGACAGAAAGCUACGGCUGGACUCCAGAUGAGGAGCACCUCACCGUCUUGUACUCCCUCACUGUGUCUGUGUUUGCUGUUGGUGGGAUGACGGGGGCCCUGCUGGUGGGCAAGCUUGUUACCAGAUAUGGAAGGAAAGGGACGCUGGUGAGAUCCAGUGUGCUGGUGUUCAUAGGAGGAGCUCUGAUGGGCUUCAGCAGAGGGUGCAGGAUGCCUGCGAUGGUCAUCUUUGGACGCUUCAUCACAGGAGUACACUCAGGUAUCUCUCUCAGCGUGGUGCCGAUGUACCUCGGUGAGAUCGCACCAAAGAACCUGCGUGGCUUCCUGGGCCUCGUUCCCAGUAUCCACAUUUGUCUCGGGGUCUUCAUCGCUCAAAUCCUGGGGCUCAGUGAACUGCUGGGAAAGGAAGAACACUGGCCUCUGCUCCUGUCCCUGGUGGUGUUUCCCACCAUGGUCCAGCUCAUGCUGUUGCCAUGGUUUCCAGAGAGUCCACGGUAUCUGUUGAUAGAGAAGGGAAAUGUGCAUGCCACCAUCGCAGCCCUAAAGUGGUACCGUACUAAAGGAAACAUCCAGGCAGAGGUUGAGGAGAUGCAGGAAGAGCAACGCUCUUUGUCCUCCAUCCACACCAUCUCUGUCUGGGGCCUGCUCAUGGACCGCUGUGUCCGCUGGCAGGUCAUCACCAUUGCGGUGGUCAACAUCGGCAUGCAGCUGUCUGGCAUUGAUGCGAUCUGGUUCUACACAAAUGACAUAUUCAAGAACGCAGGAAUCCCAGACCCUUACAUUCAGUACACAACAGUGGGAACUGGUGCCAUUGAGGUUAUUUCUGGGGUGCUGGGGUGUUUCACUAUCGAGCGUCUGGGCAGAAGACCUCUGAUGAUUGGCGGCUUCCUCUUCAUGGCUCUCUGCUGUGCUGGGAUCACUGUGUCUGCCCUCUUCCAGGCGCAGCUGUCCUUUAUGCGCUACAUCAGCGUGGGCUGCGUUGUUGGGAUUAUUGCUGGCUUCUGCAUAGGUCCAGCUGGUGUGCCGUUCCUGAUCACUGCAGAGCUGUUUAAGCAGUCGCACAGACCGGCUGCCUACACUGUGGCCGGUUGCCUCAACUGGUUGUCCAACUUCACCAUCGGCUUUGUCUUCCCCUUCCUAGAGAUGGCCACAGGUCCUUACUGUUACCUGAUCUUCUGUGCGAUCUGCUUGGGAGUGGCCAUCUACACCAUCUUCGUCAUUCCUGAGACCAAGAACAAAACCUUUAUGCAGAUCAGCCAGAUGUUUGCCACCAAGAACAACAUACUUGAAGAGGAGCUGACUCCCAACGGUCAUUUGAAAUUGGCUCUGAUGAACGGCUAUGGAACCCUUGGCCUACACGACGAAAAGUAA